AUGGAUACCGAUUACAUUCUGUGGCUGAACAGCACUGGGCUUUAUGACUAUUAUAGUAAUUUCACUUAUGUAUUUGUGGUCCGGUGUUCCAAGAGUAAUGUCAACCAUUUCAGUGCCCAGUUCCUGCCAGCUUUCUACUACUCAAUUUUCUUAUUAAGCCUCCUCGGGAAUGGACUGGUCCUCUACAUCAUUUACAAGUAUGAGAAACUCAACAGCAUGACCAACAUUUUUCUGCUGAACCUGGUCAUCUCUGAUUUGGUGUUUGCCUCCAGCCUUCCUUUUUGGGCCACAUAUCAUUCAUCAGAAUGGAUCUUUGGUGCAGUGAUGUGCAAAAUGGUGAGCAGUGUGUACUACAUAGGCUUCUACAGUUCUAUUCUAUUUCUCACUCUCAUGACCCUGGACAGAUACCUGGCCGUGGUCCAUGCUGUCACAGCCCUGAAGAGGCGGAGAAACAUGUAUGCCUCUAUCUCCUCUGCCGCCGUGUGGGGCGUUAGUGUCCUGGCCAGUGUAAAGAAGAUCAUUCAGUUUGAUGUGCGAGAAGAUGGCGACUUGGGAACAUUGUGUGAGGAGACAGACAUGACAAAAGAGGUCAUGACCAGAUGGCAGCGCAUAGGCAACUAUCAGCAGUUCAUAUUUUUCUUCCUGCUUCCCCUUGCCAUUGUACUUUACUGCUACUUUAGAAUUACAGUGAAGAUUGUGCACAGUAGGAUGAAGGAAAAGUGCAGGGCAGUAAAGAUCAUAUUUGUGAUAAUUGUUGCGUUUUUCAUUUGCUGGACACCUUACAAUGUUGUUGUACUGCUCAGAGCUCUCCAGGCCUUGGACAGUGGUAACUCAGGUCUGUGUGGAGAUGGCCUGGACUAUGCGCUCUAUAUCACGCGGAACAUUGCUUUCCUGUACUGCUGCAUUAGCCCCGUGUUCUACACGUUUGUCGGCAAAAAGUUUCGGAACCAUUUAAAAAAACUGUUGGCAAAGCGCACUCCCUGUUUAGGGAGUCAGCUGUCAACAAAUCAGAGCAGCAGGACAACAUCUCAAAGAGUCCUGCACACUGUGCAUGAGUAG